GUUGCGUGACUUCUUGUUUGCCUUCAGAAUGCACACAUUGCUCUUUUACCGUGAACCAACACAACUUGAUGUAGCAAUCACCUCCCACCUCGUAUAAUCCGCACCGUUCGCCAUCCUCCUUCUAGAUUGCCAACGCUUGAACGAACAACAUGUCACCCCUAGACUGGCUACGACAGUACAGCGAAGCCACGCACUUCGUUUUAGGAACUGCUACUCUUGUAGGCUUGCUGUACAUCACCAACAGAUAUGGUCCAGACGCACAAUCGCAACCAACCUCCGUCAUCAGCACCUUAUGGUAUUAAUUACGGACCUCCACAGCAUGACACCAUCAUCCCUGAGACAGCGACUUUCGAUCCUCACGUUCUGAACGAACCGGUGUACCGACGGGGUACCAACUUGCGAGGCUCCACUCCAAAGGGCCAGGAUGCUGCUCAACGAGACGUGUCUCAGCCCAGAGGCAGGACCGCAUCAAAGCCCAUACCGGUCAACAAUGCUGAGCUUCGGGACGUGACAUUAUCGCCGCCACGCAUCGGCGGACGGUUCGAAGAAGUCGAUCGACCGAGGGAAGAAGAGCCGGAACUGAUCGAUGCAGGAGGUGGAGAUGAGAGUGAUGAGGAUAUGUCGGACUCGUCGGACUCUGAUGAGGAUGUGUAUCAUGACGCAAAGGCGGCAGCAGGGUUUUCUCAAGGUCGUGUGAUGAAAGCGGCAGGUAUGAAGUGGAUGAGGGGUAUCUGGAGGCGUGAUAGUCUAGGAGUACUGAGGCAUGUCGCAGAGAGCGACGAGGAAGAGGAGGAAGAGGCGGAUGAAGACAAGGGCGAAGAGGAUACGCUAAGAGGGAGAACGCACGUGUGUAACUAGAGACGAAAGGACGUUAUGUGUGCUGAUACACUGGGAAGAACAGGACAGACUUAAGCUCAUGUUGUACAUGCUGGUAUCUUC